GCAACAUAAAAAGAAGUCCAAAAUGAUCUAAUCUCUGUUGGGUUUUGAGUAUUUUAAGUCCGUCUUAAAUUUGCUUUCUCCUGGUUCAAUUCUUUCGCCUUUCUAGAACGAAGGGCAAACAGUUCCUUUGAACCAGGUGGCGCGUUUCUGCACGUUCUUCUUUCUCGAGCGUGGCCUUGUUUUCUAUCUCCCUUGCUUAUAUUGACUCGCACGACGGCAGCAGUCAAUGAAUGGCCAUUAAAGAAAAAAAAGGAAAAUCCAUGUCCAUUGUCUCCAUAUAUAAAUCUUUUCUCAAUAUCUUUUUUUGGCACCACUAAUUGAAAAAGCUUUAUGCUUUUAAUUCCUUUAUGAAUUAUCUCUUUAAAUUACCUCUAAGAAUCACCCCAAACAUGGCAGAAAGUUCGAUUCUUUGCUUGGUUUCGAGCUUGAUUCUAAGUCUUUUUACUCUCUUUUCGUGGUUUUUUGGGCACUGCAAUUCAGUUGAGCAACUUGGUGGAUAUGACACUUUCACUAUAUCAAGCUUCAAAUACCCAGAAACGCAGAUCAGACCUUUUGAUAUGCGUUAUGUAAGAGUUGAUUUACCACCAUGGUUCUCUUCAAUGUCGAUAUCGUUGAAGUCAAGUGUUGAUCUUGAUAUAGAAAGCAUUGAAAGAGUUCCUAAAAGUAUGCUGCCGAUGAUAUGCUUCAGAGAUGGCAGCCUCCCAUUACCAGAUGUCUCAAACACUUCAUUUAAAGCACUAGUUGCACUAUCCAAUGGAUCUUUCGAUGGAUUAAAGGUACUUCAAAAUACAGAGCAGUGCUAUCCUGUACCCAAAAAUAUGACAAUAAAGUUGACGAAUGAGCAGAUAUCUGCUGGGGUUUUGUAUUUUGGUCUUUUCAAUGGUGUUGGGCCUACAAGAACACAGUCGAAGAUGAUUGUUCGAGGCCCUGCUUACUCCUUUGCAGCCAAUAUUAGUGUGGAAGGAUGUACGACCUCAACAAUGCAGGGACAAUAUUGCAACCAAACUGUUGACCUGCUUUCAUGUGGUCGAUCUGGCAGCUACAAUAGUUCUGGAAAUCUUUCAGUGUCGGGGUUCCACAAUCAAAGCAUGGUUUCUUGCAGGAACAAUUUUGAUACCUCUUGCCAUGGAGCUGGAGAAAUGAAAAUAUACUCCUUAGAGAUACUACGGAUGGCUGAAUUGUUAACCAUUUCGGUAAAAAAUGUAAGGUUAAGACCUCUGAAUAGCAGUGGGAAUAGUAGCGGAAUUGACGUAAUGUGCUUUGCUCGUUAUGGUGCAAUGCCUUCAGCGACUCUACAUGAUUAUUCUGGUAACUUAAAUAAAUCUCCUUUGGUUAUUCACUCCCCAAAGGUUGGUCGUUUGUAUAUUUCUAUUCUACCCCUUAAUCUUUCAAAGGAAAUUGGAUUGGCCCAAGGUAAUGCUUCAACAGUUUGCUAUUCCCUGGAACUGCAAGCGCUUGAAUGUCCUUUGGGGAAGGCUGGGCCAGCCUGUUCAUCCGAAAGAUACAUGCUUCAGACAGUUCUUAGGAAAGAUUCCACGCCUUUUGAAUCCUAUUAUUUGCCAGAUGGUCAGAAAGUGAUGUCAGAUGCUGCCAAUUUUCUUCUUGAGCCCCUUUUAAGCAACUACACAUAUGGAGAAGGAGUAAUAGAUAUCUGGACUUAUUUUCUUCUAGAUGUUCCUCGCGGUGCAGCUGGUGGAAAUCUCCAUGUCCGGCUGACAUCAGAUAGAAAGAUAAAUUAUGAAAUAUAUGCUAGAAAUGGUGGAUUGCCAUCACUUGAUAACUGGGACUAUUAUUAUGUAAACAAGACAAGCAGCAGUCAUGGCUCCAUGUUUUUUGUAUUGUACCAUUCAAGUGAAGAGAAGGUUGAUUUUUACAUCUUAUACGUUAGAGAAGGAAUCUGGAAUAUUGCAUUAAGGCAUCUAUACAACCCAGGUGGCACUUCUGAUGGGCAGGCUACUAUGUCUAUUUCACUUGAAAGAUGCCCAAAAAGAUGCUCCUACCAUGGUGAUUGCAGAUCUGCUCUUGAUGCGAGUGGGUUAACAUCAUACAGGUAUUAUCUUUGUGCUUGUGAUCGGAACCAUGGAGGUUUUGACUGUAGCAUUCAGAUAGUAUCACAUCAAGGUCACAUAUGGCAAUCAAUUGCUUUAAUUGCAUCAAAUGGUGCAGCGGUGCUUCCUGCUUUUUGGGCUCUCCGACAGAAGGCAUUUGCAGAAUGGGUGCUCUUCACAGCGAGUGGAAUUUCUAGUGGAUUAUAUCACGCAUGUGAUGUGGGCACCUGGUGUGCAUUAUCCUUUGGUGUCUUACAGUUUAUGGACUUCUGGCUCUCCUUCAUGGCUGUGGUGAGCACCUUUGUAUACCUCACUACAAUUGAUGAAGUUUUUAAAAGGACAAUCCACACAGUUGUGGCUAUCCUUACUGCCCUCAUGGCCAUAACUAAGGCAACCAGAUCAUCCAAUAUUAUUCUUGUGAUGGGAAUUGGAGCACUUGGACUUUUUGUUGGGUGGUUGAUAGAGUUCUCUACGAAGUAUAGGUCACUUUCCUUUUCAAUGGGAUUAUGUUUAAAUAGGCUUGAGAGAUGGCAGAUCAGAGAUUGGCUGCAGAAUCUUGUAAAGACUGUAUUGAAACGAUUUCGAUGGGGUUUUGUUCUAGCUGGUUUUACUGCACUAGCCAUGGCAGCAAUAAGCUGGAAACUGGAAACCAGUCAAAACUACUGGAUUUGGCACAGUGUUUGGCAUGUCACUGUAUAUUCAUCUUCUUUCUUCUUCCUCUGUUCAAAAGUCACUGCCAUUAAUAGUGGGAAUGAAGGACCCUCGACUGGAAACUAUCAGUUGACUCGGCAAGAUUCUAUCUCAAGAGGUGCAUAGGCCUUCUCAUGGAAUUAAAGUUCAAAUACGAAGGAAAUAAGUUAUUAUGAAGACAUGCAGGGAAAGUAGUUUGUACAACCAAGAUAAGACUUGAUGGCUUCAACAGCUUGUGUAAAAUUUGCCUUUUCCCACCUUUAUGCGGUGGUGUCUUUUCCUUUUGUAUAUAUAUAUAUAUACACCAAUUGAUAGAAAAAUGAAUUGAGGCAGGAUAGAAAUGUGACCCAAAACCUUUUAGCCUUUAGGGGGCUGCAGAGCAAAGUGUGAGGAGAAAGAUGCAGUUGUUUCCAUCAUGUAACUGUAAAAAAUACUUCAAUGGUUUUCAACAUUUUUCCUGUUGAUAAUGGAAGUACCUUAGAUUUUAUAA